UAUUUUCUCUAAAUUUAAAAAUAUGCAAGCACCAGGCUUAACAAAAUUGCCUAGUUAGUAGAAGGUUCCUAAAUACAGACCUGUAAGAAUGUAAACCAAAUUUAGUCCAUCAAUAUAGACAAUCUGAUUGCGAUUUGCACAGGGAAACUUAAGAAUUGUCCAAAUCACAAGAAAGCUCUGUAUAUUCGUGCAUCUGCUUAUAUUAAGAAAGGAGAGUAUUAAACAGCAAUUUAAGAUUGUAACAAGCUUUUAGAAACAGACUGCGAUAACGUAGGCGGAUAUUAUUUGCGAGGUAUUAAAAUUUGAAAUUGAAGGAUGUGCAAAUGAAAAAUUGGGUUAAAUAGAUUUAGCAAUUGAAGAUUUUUCAAAAGUUCUUUCUUUAGAUGAAAAUCAUGUAAAUGCUGCAUUUGCUCGAGCUUCUUGUUUAAAUUUGAAAGGAGACUUUGCUGGAGCUAUAGAAGACUAUACAAGAGCUUUGGAGAAAGAUAAUGCAAAAUCUUUAAAUUUAUCGAAUUCUAUAAACAAGAGGUCUUUACUUAGGAAUAGUUCUAUGAAAAAAGAUGAGCCUUAUCCAAAAAUUGAUGGAUUUCAAUUUUCAACGAAAAAGAAUAAAUAUUAAUAACCUGAAGAAGAUGAUUUGAUGAAUCCUUAGAAUGAUGAGGAAUACUUAUAAAAUGAUCAAUCAUAAAUACAAAACUAACCUUAACAAACUAGUUUUAUGAGUUAGAAUCCUCUUUAUACUAGUAUUGAUGCAAAUGAAAUGAAUAUAUAGAAACCAUCAUAAAUAAUUGAUAAAGAAAUAUCGUAACCUAUGUAGUAAUAAUUAAUUUCAAUGAUACCAGAGAAUAUUAAGAAUGAUAAUAAGAAAAUAUCUGAUUUUUUUCAUUCUUAGGGUUUUGAUGCAAGAAAAAAAGAAGAUUUUAUAAAGGCAAUAGAAUUUUACACAAUGGGAUUGAUGUUUAAUCCAAAUCAUUUUAAAUCAAUAUUUAAUAGAGGUAAGAAUUAACUUAUUUAUUUGAUUAGGCUUUGCUUUUGAUAAACUAAGAAUGUAUAAUGAUGCAAUCAGUGAUUAUACUAAGGCUAUUGAAAUGGAUUCAAAGAAUGCUUAUGCCUAUUAUAAUAGGGGAAUAUCUUAUGAUAAAAAAGGAGAUUAUAAUUUGGCAAUAAAGGAUUUUGCAAAAUCAAUAGAGAUUGAUCCAUCAAAAGCAGAUUUUUAUCAUAAUAAAGGAUUUGCUAUGAAAAAGAAGAAUUUAAUAAGAGAAGCAAUUUUAGAAUUUAAUGAAUGCAUUCGUUUGGAUAAAAAUCAUUUUAAGGCUUAUUAUAAUAGGGCAAAUUGUUAUGAAAAGUUAGGAGAUUUUGAUAAAGCUUAAUAAGAUUAUUUGAUAGCAAAUAAUGUGGUACCAAAUAAUCCAAAUACUUUAACUCAUAUAGGGAUAUUGAUGGAUAGAUAAUAGAAAUUAGAAGAAGCAUUAAAAUAUUUCAAUUCGUAAUAAAUUUAAUUAGAUUAAUAAGAUCUUUAAAGAUAGAUUAGAAUUAUGCCCCUGCAUAUAAUGGAAGAGGACUAGUAUUUGAUAAGAUAGGAGAAUUUGAGAAGGCUUGUUUGGAUUUUAAUAAGGCAAUAGAAAUAGAACCAUAGAAUCCUGUUUAUAUUCAUAAUAGAGGAUGUUGUAAAAGAAGCAUGAAUAAAUUUGAAGAAGCAUUAGAAGAUUUCAAGAAGGCUUUAUCUUUAGAUUCAAAGAAUCCUAUAAUAUAUUCAAAUAUGGGAUUGGUUUUGAGGAAAAUGGAAGAUUUUGAGACAGCUGUGUAUUGUUAUUCUUAAGAAUUAAUAUAUUCUAAAGAAAAUACUCGAACUUUGAAUAAUAGAGGAUAUUGUUUAGCAAAGUUGGGUUAAUUUGAUGAAGCAAUCGCUGAUUAUACAAAAGCAAUAAAUUUAGAUCCUGUAAACAUUCAUGCAAUAUAUAACAAAGGGAUUUGUAAUGAAAGGAUUGGUGAAUUUCGUAAAGUAGAAUAUUUUUAAAUAGAUAGGCUAUAGAAGAUUUUACUUAAGUAAUUCAAUUAUAGAACGAUUAAGGAGCAAAUGCUUAUUUUAAUAGAGGAUGUUGUUAUGAUAAGUAAUAAUGAUAUUAAAAUAUAUAAUAGUAUUGGUGAAAUGGAUUUGGCAAUAGCAGAUUAUUCUAAAGCAUUGGAGAUUGAUAAUAAAACAAAUAAAGUCUCAUGA